AUGGCUUCCAUUCUUCGGUUUCGCAAGCUGUGCUAUGUUGAGCCUUGCUCUUCUUUAAAAUUUCAAUAUUUUGAAACCCCCAAAAUUGAAAACAGAGAUGAGGGUGGUGUUGGUUCCAAGACUGAGAAUUUAUUAGAGAAGAAGCAGAGGAAGAACAAGAACAAGAAGCAACACAGAGAAUGGAGCUUGCCAGCUACAUUGACUGGUUUUCCAGUGCCAGAGUCACCUGGGACAAGGCUUAAAGCUGAAGGGUUGACUCCUCUUCACCCUGUUGUUUUGGUGCCUGGCAUUGUAACUGGUGGCCUUGAGCUUUGGGAAGGGAGGCCUUGUGCUGAAGGACUUUUCAGGAAGCGUCUUUGGGGUGGCGGUUUCACAGAGAUCUUCAAAAGGCCCUUGUGUUGGUUGGAGCACCUAUCUCUACACAAUGAAACAGGGCUUGACCCUCCAGGAAUUCGAGUCAGAGCAGUUCCAGGACUCGUUGCAGCUGACUAUUUUGCUCCUGGCUACUUUGUUUGGGCUGUUCUCAUUGAAAAUUUGGCAAAAAUUGGUUAUGAAGGGAAGAAUAUGCAUAUGGCUGCGUAUGAUUGGAGGCUAUCUUUCCAAAACACAGAGAUUCGAGACCAAGCUCUUACAAGAUUGAAGAGUAAAAUUGAGCUUAUGUACGUAACCAAUGGCCAUAAGAAAGUGGUGGUGGUACCUCAUUCUAUGGGUGUAAUUUAUUUUCUCCACUUCAUGAAAUGGGUUGAAUCACCUCCUCCUAUGGGAGGUGGUGGUGGUCCAAGUUGGUGUGCCAAGCACAUCAAAGCAAUCAUGAAUAUCGGUCCAGCAUUUCUUGGGGUUCCAAAAGCCGUUAGUAAUAUAUUUUCUGCUGAGGGUAAAGAUGUCGCAUAUAUCAGAGCUAUGGAUCCUGGUGUUUUAGAUUCUGAAAUUCUCCGGCUUCAAACCCUUGAGCACGUCAUGCGGGCAUCUCGAACCUGGGAUUCCAUAGUUUCCUUAUUGCCAAAAGGUGGAGAUUCCAUCUGGGGCAAUUUGGACUGGUCUCCUGAAGAUGGGCAUAGCUGUGACCUGGCAAAGAAAGGAUAUCUACAGACGUCAGGUGACACUAAUUUCAACAACAGGGAUGAAAAUAGAGUUUUCCAAGUGAAAGAACCUGUGAAGUAUGGAAGAAUAAUCUCUUUUGGCAAGGAAACAUCACAAAUAUCUUCUCCACAGCUUCCUAGGCAUGAUUUCAAGGAUCUUCCGCUCAAAGAUUCUGCCACAAAUUUCACAUCUUCAUGUGGAGAGGUGUGGACUGAAUAUGAUGAGCUAAGCAGGCAAAGCAUCAGAAAAAUUACAGAAAAUAAGGCUUACACAGCUCAAACUCUUUUUGAUCUGCUGCGCUUUGUGGCUCCAAAAAUGAUGCAACGGGCUGAGGCUCACUUCUCUCAUGGGAUAGCUGAUAAUCUUGAUGAUCCCAAAUAUGCCCAUUACAAGUAUUGGUCCAAUCCACUUGAGACCAAGCUACCAGUUGCUCCAGAUAUGGAAAUAUACUCCUUAUAUGGUGUUGGAAUCCCCACCGAAAGAUCAUAUGUAUACAAGAUGUCUCCUUCUGACAAGUGCAAGAGCAUUCCAUUUCGGAUUGAUGGCUCAGCAGACGGAGAGGCAGGCAGCUGUCUGAAAAAUGGAGUAUAUUUUGUGGAUGGUGAUGACAGUGUGCCUGUAUUGAGUGCUGGACUCAUGUGCGCCAAAGGGUGGAGAGGAAGAACCAGGUUCAACCCAUCUGAUAUUGCUACCUACAUAAGGGAGUACCAGCACAAGCCACCGGCUAGUCUGCUUGAGGGAAGGGGUAUAGAGAGUGGUGCACAUGUUGACAUCAUGGGAAAUGUUGCACUAAUCGAAGAUGUUCUACGGGUUUCUGCCGGAGCAACUGGUGCACAGAUUGGAGGUGAUAGGAUUUACUCAGAUAUUAUGAGAAUGUCUGAGAGAAUAAAUCUUCAGCUGUAA